GGGUACACUUGCCGCGUGCGCUCUCGCGCCGUGUUUUGCGGGACAACCAGAAGCUAAAUUUCUCAUGCUUUGUUAGCUUCCUAACUGCAAAUUCCGGUGGAAAUGGAGGCGUUUAACCAGCUUCUGUUGGACUAUCCUGAAUUAAUGUACAGUGGAGUCGGAGCUACGGCGUUUGUUGCUGGUGGAGCGCUGAUAUACAAAAUUGCCACCAGAAAGAAGCCAACCCAUGCAAAUGUGAACUGCUGGUUCUGUAAUCAGAACACAGUGGUGCCCUAUGGGAACAGGAACUGCUGGGACUGUCCCAACUGUGACCAGUACAAUGGUUUCCAGGAGAAUGGGGAUUACAACAAACCCAUCCCAGCUCAGUACAUGGAGCAUCUGAACCAUGGAGUAUCCGGUGGCCUUCCCUCAUCUGAGCCACCCAAGACAUUGCAGUGGGUCAACUGUCAGAUGCUGCUAUGCAGGAAGUGCAAUAACAACCAGUCUGUAAAGAUCAAGCAGCUGGCCUCAUUUAUCCCAAGGGAUGAUGAGAACUACGAUGAGGAAAUUGAAGCCUACAAGCACCACUUGGAGCAGACCUAUAAGUUAUGCAGGCCGUGUCAGACGGCAGUGGAGUACUACAUCAAAUAUCAAAACCGUCAACUUCGAACUGUGCUCCUGAACCACCAGCUUCGACGCAGCCGAGAGUCAGAUAAGGGCUUUGUAAAGAGCUCAUAUUCUGUGUCUUCUCCCAUGGGGGUCAUCCUGUUACGAGCCCUUGCCUUCCUGAUAUGCGCUUUCCUAGUUGCUACAUCUUUCUACAAAUUGCCCGACCAGCUCACCUCACCCAGUGACCCACAGACUUUAAGUGGUGGGGUCAUUCCUCCAAAGCCUAAAAUCUCCAAUGAGUCCACCGCCAACACCGAAAGCAGCAGAGGGGUGCUUGCUUACCAGGGUCUGCUGGAGCUGCUCCCAGACAAGGCCAUAGAAAAUGCCAAGCUGGUGUGGCAGCAUGGAAGGGACAACCAGCUGCUCAUAGUUGCUGUUGGUCUGUUGACUUGUCUCACUGCUAUCUUCUUAGCAGGACCAGUGAGGUUGAGGAGAAUUGAUGCCGUGGCCUCUGUCCUGUGGUUCCUUGUCUUGUGCCUCCACCUUGCUGAGAGCUACAUGACUGAUGCCUUGGGCUGGAUGGACACAGCCAAGCUCAGUACUAUCUCCCUCUGUUGCCUCGUCAGUUUUGCUGCCGCUGUGGCAACUCACAAACCCCUGGGUCCAAGAAGAGCAAGAUAUCGAAGGUCAGAAUCUGAGCAGUAAUGUUAAAAUUGUGUUUGUAACAUUUUUGGGACUUUUGGGAGUCCUCUUUCUCUGAAAGGUUUGUGUUCAUUAGAACCAGAGUGAAACAAACUAAUCCAUUAGUGUUAUCAAUUUCCCCUUGUUUUCUUUAUUGUUCCUUAACAGAACCGUGCUGUUUUUAAUUCACUGUCCAUUUUUACUCAUCGCUCACCUCUUUUACUGCUGUGUGUGAAUGACUGUGAGGUUAUAUGACAUGCGAAUGGCAAACUUAAACCAUAGGACUGAGUGUGUGGGCCAUGAUACAAACAGAAGACUAUUGCUACUUGCUUAAUCACAUCAAAACCUCACUUUCAAGCACACAUGCACAUGUUCUACAGUUGCCUGACAUUUUUAAAAUUUUGGAGGUUAAAAAUCCUUUUGCAGUUAAGGGUAGUGUUGCACAAAAAUGAGAUGGUAUGGUAACAUAAUUGUCAUUGACUCAAUGAUAGGUAUUCAAUUUUUGGACUGCUUAAAUGAAAGAAACUGUCAUGGGAAUCUUUUAGGUAUCAUGUGAUCAAAAAGGAGUUGGAGUUUGACAUUCAAGUGCCCAACUAAUACUAAACUCUGUAUUCUACACUGUAUUAAUCUGUUUAACAGCAUUUUGAAUGUGCUCAUGUAUUUAUUAACACUAUGGUGUACCUUGGGUUGAAAAUUGUUUACUAACUAACAACUGCAUGAAAUACUAAUCUGCGAGGAAACUGCAGGUGAUGCUCAAGACGUGGUUUUUGAAUAGCCGCAUCCCUCCUUCCUGUGCUCCUUUACAUUAUCCACAAUUUCUGAACAAAGAGUGACCCUGGAUAUUUGCAAAAAAGUGUUCAUCAGUUCACUGUGGCCACUAUUUAUUUAUAGCUGAUGUCUGUAAGGAAUCUCCUUGGGAUAUAACAUCAGUGCUGAAGCAGCUGAUCAGUUCCCGAGGCAGAGCUGGAAGUUUUCCUUGUGUGUAGUUUGUUUGUAGUGAAGUGGCUGCCUUUGUAGUUUCAUACAGACAGCCCACUGCAUACAAAUUGUGUGAAUUUUUAAACAAUAUGAAUGUUAAAACAUGAUAGUGUGAGGGCUACUCCGUAUGCUUAUAGCCAUUUGAAAAUCUAAACACUUAACUGCCUUUGAGAAGCAGUCUUUAGCUCAUCAGUUUUUUUCCUUAACAGGUUUUAUUGGUAGCCAAAGGUUUAGCUAUUAGUAGCUCUUCUCUCGUCCCCAUUGUCGUGAUCUUGUGCCUCUAUGACUUCCAUUUGGAUUAUGCUUCCUGAACUUCACUGCAAGCCAGUAAUAUUUCGUUAUAUACUGCACUUAUAUGUUUGUUAUUCUCUGCUGUGCUGAAAUCUGAUGCUUAAAAAUGGUGCCUCUAGCACCCAUGGUAUUAAAAUGGAAACUGUAUCGGGAUACUUUGUCUGGAUAUCAAUUAUCCAAUCUUGCCUUUUACACCUGGUAUUUAUUAUGCAUUCUUGUUAUCGUCAUUACAAUCAGAUCUCAGUCCUCCAGAGCUAAGCCUGUGCAUGAGUAAGUUGAAAUCAUGGCAAAUCAGCCCCAGACUCCCUUAAAAAAUCGUGGCGUUUUGUGAGUUGUUAGGGGAAACUUUAUUAACUUUGUGAAAACGUUGUCUACUCUUGAAUGAUUUGCCCUGUUUUACAUUCGGCAAAUUAAUACAUUAAGGUUUCCCUUUAUAGAAAAAAGAUGUGUUAGUCUGGUGUGUUAGAGUACUGGCAUGUAGGCUACUCUUUGACUAGAUAAAUGACAUGCUUUGUUAACAGCAGAUCAUCUACACAGAUAAGUGCAGUACACACUGUCACACAAGGAGUUAUUUAUUACUGUACAUCAUUCAUUUCCCACCUAAAUUGCUUUAAUUUUUCACCCAGUUCUGUUGAAUAACAUAUCAUUUGGCACUUCCAUUGCACAGAAUAGGCCAAUAAUCAGUAAUUAGAGGCAUGUUUAUUUUGGCCUUCUUGGUUGCUCAACCUCUAAAUUUGAACAACAGCCUGUAUUUUAUGUUGGCUAAAAACGAGUAUCUGCAAUGUAGCCUGUCGAGGCCAGCAUGUUAUAUGGCUUGAGUUUUCACUUACCUAAGAUCCGAACAAACUCAGUGCAAGCCAGACCAACUCCAGAUGUGGUCGGGCAGAUCUAAUCACAUUCCAAUCAUGAUGUAUUUAUGUCUGUGUUUGUGUUUUUCUUAUCUAGAUAACAUGUACGAACACAUCACAUUUUCAUACUGGAUGUAAAUGGGGUGUAAGUGAAAACAUCACAUGCUUGGCUUGUGUUGACUACCAAAUAGUAGUCUCUAAUAGCCUUCUAUCAGCGCUUGAACAUGCCUAUAUUAUGAAGUGCUCAACUGUGCAAGUGAGUAUGGUCACUGGCGGGUCGUGUAAGUGUAAUGUGAAACUGUAAGAGGUGCUCUGCUGAGUGUAAGAAUCAACGUUAUCAGACUCAGUUUAAUGUUGCCCUCGUGCAAGAUAAGCCACUACAAAAUCAGCCAUAUUAGAAAUAGUGGACUUGCACAGUUUUCACUUGCAGCUAUUUCCAGAGUUGUUUUUCUAACAUUUUAAUAAUUUAAAUGAAGUCUCAAGUGAGAUGUUGGACUGUCGUCUUUUUUCUGUAUUGUAUUUGAAAAAAAAAGUGUGUGCUUUAAAAUUAAAGCAAAUUAAUUACAUUUCUGCUUUACCAUUUGCAGCUAAAGAACUUUUAGAUUUAUUUAGCAGUUUCUAUUGCUUCCCUUAACCUCCUCCAGUAAUGCUUAACUUUCCUUUACCAACAGUCUGACAUGUUGAUAAAUGAAAAAUACUGGAUGAACUAGCUGCAUGUGCUAACAUUUCCCCUCUUGCUAAAUUUCUUUCUGUCAUCCUGUUUAUUUUUCUUUGUUGGGAUGUGUUGAAUGAAUGGAGAUAUUUAUACGACAGAAAUGUAAACAGGUAUUAAAAACUAAUGGCUGUAGAGUGUUUGUGUUUGGUGGGUAGAGUACUGUAACUGUGGGGUUUCAAUUGCAUGUUGUGCUGUAGAUGGAGUUACGUUCUCAAACCAGCACCUUUGGUGCAGUUUUCUCAAAGCUUUAAACUGUAAAUUUUUGCAACAAAAGUGAUGGCAAAUCUAAGACUUUAAAGAUGCUGUUUGUAGUUAUGAGUAAAAUGCUGACUGUAAAAUUUUUACUACUCAUACUGAGCAAUUCCAAGGUAAGGCCAAGACUGUCUCUGAAAAAAUCGAAUAAGAAACAUCAUUCAGUAAUUACCUGGAAUUACUUCCUUUUUUCCCUUUCAUAAACUGCAUCAUGUGACAAACUCCAUCGUAAAACUCUUGACAAAGAUAAUAUUUUACCAAAAAUCUAUGUGUGCGAUCAUAUUUCAAUAAUACAUUUCUUACUUUUGUUUCUGUAUGUAAGGUGCAUCUUAAAAUGUAUUAUCUUUGCCAAAGUAUUACAUGUUGUGCUUGAGUUUAUUUGCUAUAAACCUCCAGUGUGCAUGUUUGUUAUGCAAUGAUAUACGCAUAAUAUCUCACCUGAGUAUAUGCCUAUUUCUGUGAUUUUUAGAAAAUUCCUGUAUCUACCUGAUACGCUGUAUGACUAUUGACUAUUGUGUCAAGCAUGUAGCUCCAGAAGCACUACAGUCAAACUUGUACGUUAAUCAUAAGUUAAAGCUGCCAUACGAAACUACACCAUUAUACCAUUGCCACAACUUAUUUGUGGUGUUUUAAGUGAUAGCUGUAGUACAUUUUUAUUAAUGGAGUUGUGAAUGUAGAUGUAUUUAUGCACUGUGUUAAUAUAGAUGUUCAGUAUGUAGCUAACAAAUGUGAUUGUGUCCUUGAUGUUAUAGGGAUGUGGGUGUUGCAAAAGACUCAAAACUUAAAAAAUGAGAGAGCACAGUGCCAAUUUUUGGUAGUUUUUUACACAAUUUAAGCAAUAAUUUGCUAUUCCAAACUAGUAUAAAUAAGCUAAUGAAGUAUAUCACUCAAUUUUACCAGUUACUAUGUGGUUAUAUAUAUAUUGUGUAGCAGCCUCAGAAAUGGAGCUCCGUCCAUGUUGAAAUGUUUCUUGCAACAUACCCAAUAAAACAUACUGUGUUUUGGGUGCUGAAAUUGGGUGUCUUGCUUUUAAUGUGGGGCUCCAGUUUGAAGUCUUUGUAGCAAUGCUUGCUGUACAUGGAAUGUAAUAAACACCUCGUGAAAGGAUAUGGCUUGUCUGUUUGUUUUCAGCACAAACACCCCAAUCUCUUCUACUUGUAUGUUUUUGAAAUGGAAGCUUCAUUGCACAGCACUGGAAAGGAAAAUCUCAGCACAGUGUUCGCUAGGAGCGUUGUGAUUCUUUUUUUAUUUAUUUAUUUUUCUUCUCUAGAAAGACAAAGCCGGACUACCACUGAGUAGACACUGCUUUGACACAUAACAUGUAUGACUGUGCGCUGUGGAAAUGUGAGUGAGUUGAGCUUUUGUUUUGUUGGCACUUUCAGCUGCAGGGUGUUGCCCAGACAGCUGCAGCAGCAUUUCAGUGACAGCUGCUGUCAUUAGCUGUUCCCAUUAAAUGGAUAUCAGAGCUCUUUGGUACCAAAGUUGGUUCGCAGAUUUGAUUUCAGACACCUCUUGUGCUUGUUAAGUAAUUCAGAGUUUGGAGUUUAAUGUCGACAAUGUUGUACAUUGACUUUUUCUUAAAUUGAAAAUUCAGUGUCUGCAGCACUAUUUGUGAUGUUCUUUGUGCGGUCAUCUUCUGUGACAGUGCAAUUUCCUGCACAUGUUCUUUUUCUGUCAUAUAAGAAUCUUGUUACGUCUU